AUGCAGGAUCACCAAGAAAAUGUGUGUGAAAAUUAUCCUGUGGUUUGUAAAUAUUGUAAGAAAAAGAUACCAAGAAAAGAUAUUGAACAACAUCAAAGUACAACUUGUGAUGAGGUGCCGACUAAAUGUGAAUUUCAAGCUAUUGGAUGCAACUAUGAUAAAACUUUAAAACGAAAGGAGAUCCGUCAACAUAUGAAUGACAAUCUAAUUGAUCACGUGAGCGCCUUGUUACGAUAUGUUAUGGCAUUUGUUACACAGUUAAGUAACUAUGUACCACGUCCAGAGUUUACUACUGCUGUUCAAAACAUGGGUGACCAAGUUACUGCUGUUCGUGCCAAUCUUUCAGAAAAAUUUGUGAUGUUAGUGGGUAAACUUACAGGUCUUGAAAGGAGGAUUGAGAGCAUCGAGAGUCGUGGUGGUAACGAUAGUAACCCUCAGUUGUCCUCAGACUUUUCGUCGAUGCGUGAUAGGAUCUCGACUCUCGAACGGCAAUUACGUGAUAAUUCCUCAUUUAUACUACGAUUUCGUGAGCGCUUAGAUCAAAAUGACGAAUCACUGGCGAGAAACACGGUUAAGAUUACGGACCUUGAAUCGCAACGUGGUUCGCGUACACUUGGGUCGAAUCAGGCCAUACACAGCUACAAUGGUACGUUACUGUGGAAAAUAGAUAACUUCAAUCGAAAGAGACAAGACGCCAUUAAUGGUAUCAAAACAGCCUUGUACAGUCCACCAUUCUAUAGUUCUCAAUAUGGUUACAAGAUGUGUGGUAAGAUCUAUAUGAAUGGUGAUGGUUUUGGAAAGGGAACUCAUUUAUCUUUGUUCUUUGUUGUCAUGAAAGGUGAUUACGAUGCACUACAAACAUGGCCAUUUCAAAAAAAGAUGACAAUAAUGUUAAUGGAUGAAUUAAAUGGUGAUCACAUGUUUGAUGCAUUUCAUUCAGAUCCUCAAAGUUCCUCAUUUCAGCGACCAAAGUCAGACAUGAAUAUUGCUUCAAGAUCACCUCUCUUCAUGCCAUUUGAAAGUUUAAAAAAUCGUCAGUACGUAAAAGAUGAUACCCUCUGCAUUAAGAUGAUUGUUGACUAA